CCCACCUCGUUCGUAUCCGAGCUCGAUCGGCCCCGCUCGCUCGAUCGGUAGAUGUAUGUAAAAUCGGCGGAGUGGUGCAUCGUAGGGUAGGGAAGAGAGGUAGACGAGAGAAGGAAGAAACCGCGUAUCGAUCGGAACGCGUAUGGGAAGCGCGUUCAUUCGCGUCCAUUCGCGAAUAUAAUGCUACACGUUUCUCACGAGAAUGAGGGUGGCACGGCUAUUACUGUGCUACGUACUUCUCGAAGACUACAGUACCAAUCUCGGCGGGGCUACAAUUACCAGCGACGCCGCGCGCCAGGACGCCUCUGCGACGAAUCCUACGUUAUCAGAUCUGCCGAGUUUCGCGGAGCCGAUCGGUAAUGUGACCGCGGCUAUUGGGAAAGAGGCCGUUCUGCCGUGUACUAUUCGGAAGCUAGGAAAUCACAAGGUGGGAUGGAUUCGGGUGGAGGAUAAAACGAUACUGUCGUUGGGUCAGCGAACGGUGACUCACUCGCCCCGAUUCUUGGUCACGUUGGAGAGCGCAAAGUCGAAGAAUCAAAGCGAGUGGAGGGACGAGGAGGAGGCCACCUCGCGGCUUCACAUCCGCCAACUUCGGGAAGCUGAUCGGGGAUGCUACAUGUGCCAGCUGAACACGAAGCCUAUGUUGAGCCAGCUGGGAUGCGUGGAUGUCCUAGUUCCGCCGGAUAUACUUAGCUCCGGCACAUCGGAAGGCGAAGUAUCCGUUCUGGAGGGUGAAAACGCUACCCUCUCGUGUAAAGCUACCGGGAGACCGGCACCUCGUGUGCUCUGGAGACGCGAGAAAAGUGGUUUCAUACUUAUGAGGGGUCUUCACGAUCCGCUGAUACCAGUGGACAACCAGUCCGGUGAGAAGCUGGAAUUAACAAGAGUGGACAGGAAGCAAAUGGGAGCUUAUCUUUGCAUAGCGAAAAACGAAGUGCCCCCAGCAGUCAGCAAAAGAGUCUAUCUAAGGGUAAACUUUCCACCUAGCGCAAAGGUUCCCAAUCAAAUAUUAAGCUCACCUCUGGACACGAACGUAUCGUUGGUCUGUUUGAUCGAAGCUUAUCCAAAGACGAUUAACUUGUGGACCAGGAAGGAACAAGUUAUUAUGAGUGGUGGUAGAUACGAAAUCGACGAACGGGGACAUCCGGACGAAGAAUGGAAGACAACGAGCGAGCUGAAGAUAAGCCGUUUAGAGAAAACGGAUUUGGGAGAGUACACGUGUUCAGCGUCCUCAAGUAUGGGAAAAGCCGAGGCUACCCUUAGAGUUUACGAAAUCGAACGAGCAACCAUACGAACUACUUCGGCCAGUUGGAAGUUGAGCAAGGGAAAAUCAAAGUUUGCUCAAAUUACUAAAAAUCGAAUUUUUCAUCAGAUGAGUACACCAGCGAUGCAAAAAAGUACCGUAAAAAUCGUUUACAGCAAACACAUGAUCACUUCGACGACGGUAAAUCCACGCGCGCCUUUCGUCAAAGACGAGAACUUAUUCAAGAAUCGCGACAUCUCGAACGAGAGAAAUUGUGCCAAUGCGAAGAACGAUAGCGGUAUGCGAGUUUAUGUCGUCUGCUUCCUCUUCUUCUUUACCAUUCGAUAAAUAUCAACCAAUCAGAUUGAUAGACGAGAGAAGAACUCUGUCGAUACGUUAGAACGAAAUACAAAUACUACGGGUGUUCGUUCGCGUUUCACGCGUAUUGAAGUGAACGAGAGAUCGAACGAUUGCGAAUCGUCGAGAAGGAACCGCGAUUUUCAAAGUUCGUAUUUCGUUUCAUUUCCAGCGACGAUACAGCGAACAAAUCUAUCCCCUUCCUCUCCUCCGCCCUCUAUCUUUCUCUCCUCUCCUCUCCUCUCCUCUCUCUCUCUCUCUCUCUCUCUCUCUGAUGUAUAUUUUUCGCCAAGAUAAUAGUUCGUGGCGAAUAAUGUUGCGAAUUUGAAAAGAUAAAUGCUUACGAAUGUAUUUUUUAUGACCCUUUUAUCCGUUUUGGAAUACGGGGAAAAGAAUAAAGUCGUGAGCGAAGUGUGUUCUUUAGUUCGACUAUAAUAAAAUGUGACAUUGUCGAGUAUUUUUUUAACAAUGAACAAAGUGAAAGAAAUACAAGAUUUCUCGUUGAAAUUAUUAUUUACGAUCUGUGGAAUUAUUAGAAGUUACGAUGUAAUUUUUAUAACUUUAGCAUCGAAAGCCUUACACAUGCAGGGUGUCUAUCUCAAGUGGGCCACCAGUGUCAUUCACGAGAUCAUCGUUCGACAAAUACGAGGAAAAACUUAUACUUUCGAUUGAUUACUCCACACUUCGGAAUUAUUUCAACAAUGGCAGUGGCGAUCCAAUUAAAAUGAACAUCCUUUAUAAUAUCUCUUUACGUCGUAAUAUAUAUAAUUAUUAUCAACGAUUAAUUAUAUUUUCAAGUUCUGCAAGAAUCGCGCUUUAUCGCGAAUUGAUGCUGUUUAAUCAACUAUUCGAUUAUACUCGAACACAGACAAAUAAUUAGCAUACUAAUUUGUACGUAAGGGAUAAUGAGAUAAUAUCUUUAUUUAUCGGUACGAUAACAGAGUGAAUUGAGAUUGUAAGUGGCAUCUUAACGAAUGUUAAACACGUCAUAUCUAAGAUUCAUAUCCGUAGGGCGCAUAAUACGGUAUUAUAUAUAUUUUAGAAAGAUAUUAGACUUUACUUUUAUUAUUUUAUGUAUUUUUUUAAUUAUCCGUAGGCACAAAUAACGUACCUCAUAUGCCAACGAUUAAACGAGACCACAAUCAUAAGUAUAAUCAAUCGGGUUCAUUGCGAGGAAUUUAAAUUAAAUUUUAUCACGCGAUCAUCGAAUUCAUGUUUAAACCAUUUUUUAUAUAUGUAUCUCGUAAUCGAUUGAUUAUCGUUAUUCAUCGUUAUUUAGUACCUUUUUAUUUUUUCCUACUUUUUCCAUUUCUUUUUUUUUUUAAUUCCCAUUUACAUCACAUAUAUAUAUUAUAUAAUACGUAUUUAGCAUACAAAUUAUUUAUGAUAAUAUUACGAAGAAAAUAAUUUUCCUUCGAGAAAUGGACAAUAAGCGUUCCUAAUAGGUUGUGCUUUCUAUCAUUUUUCAAUGUUCCUCGCAAAACCGCAAUUCAUACAUUACUCUGUAAUUAUGAUCUAUGUGCGAAAUAGUGCGAUUAGAAAGUCUCGAUGUUUUUUAACGGAUAACAUUUUUAAUCCGAGAACGUUGAAACUUUCUUCUUGUACAGUUAUUAUCAUGAAUGUCUUCUAUUACAGAGUACAAACUUUAGUCUCAAUGCGUGGCUUAUUAUUAUUAAUAAUAUAAUAGUAUUUAUCCGCGAAAUAAACAAGAAAAUACACAUGUUAAAUACAUUUAUUUAACAAAUAUUGUAUAUCGUAAAACACUGCUCAAUAUAACGACUUUACAAUAACUAUAAUAAAAAAAUGUUGUUGUUUAUAGAAAAAAAAAUAUUAUAAAAAUACGAUGAAAAAUGUGCUCAAAUUGGAUAAUUAUAUAGCUUUGGAGAAACCAACAUGUUGACAAAUAAAACAUACCAUGCAACUAGUA